AUGAAAGAUGCGAAUUAUUGUGAAUGGGAGGGAAUUCGGUGCGACGAGGAGAGUAAGAAAUGCGUUGAGUGGAUCGAUGUUGCAGAGAAAAAUUUGACGGGUGAGUUGCCCAUGGAGCUGGGCAAAUUGGCCAAUCUCACGAACCUCUGGCUUGGAGAGAACCUGCUGCUGUCGGGCAACCUCCAUGCCUUGAGCCCUCUUGUGAAGCUGCGGCAGCUGGAGCUGCCCAACACUCAGAUCACGGGAGAGCUGGACGCCCUGCAGGGUAUGAAGCAGCUGGAAUACCUUGUCUUGUCGCAAUCAUUAGUCCACGGAAAGCUAGAGGCGCUACAAGAGCUGAAGCAGUUGAGGGAGCUGAGUCUUUCCAGGACAAACGUCAGCGGCGACCUGGGGGCCUUGCAGGAGCUGGUAGACAUAGAGGAUGUACAGUUGUCAGAGACACAGGUCACCGGGCACCUCAAGGCCCUGCAUGGCCUUGGCCAUUUGAUUCGACUGGAUCUGUCCAAGACAAAGAUUACCGGGACUCUCCAGGACCUGCUGAAGUUUCCUGAACUGGAACAGGCUGCGCUGCGGCAAACAGAGGUUACUGGCCGUCUGACAAACGAUUGGCUGGGUGGGCUUCCACGGCUGAACGUCCUAGACUUGGCGGACAGCCAAGUUCACCUCGUGCCCACAGCGACCGAGUAUGAUGCCAUCACAAAAGGCGUCGCUGUCCACCCGAUGCUGCCAGCUCUGAGUGUUCUGGAUGUCUCUGGCUGCCCGCUGAACAGCCCGGUGGAAAAGCUGAUGUGGCCGUUUGCUUGGUCCAAGCAUGUUGUGAAGGUGAUCGCGAAAGGGUGCGGCCUGACGGGCACGCUGCCUUACAUGGACGACCAUCACUUAACCUUUUCGCUCCAGACCUUGGACUUGUCUGAGAACAGCAUUCAACGAGUGGAGGGCUUGGUUUCUGGGGGCCUGCUCUCCCUGGCAGACAACGCGGAGGAUGCACACCUCACUUUCGACAAAGGGGUCCUCCGCGGAGCUUUUCAUCGAAAGAUCAAUAUUGACCUGAGAGGCGUGACUCUGACUGAGCAGCAGGCGGGUGAAGUCAUGGAGCUGCUUCCACCACAGCGCAAGGAGAAGUUGGUAGAUCGAGGGCGGCUUGCAUGCGAUGACUUGCGGUCCACAGUGUUGGAAGUCACACCGAACCUUUUUCUGACCGACCAGCUUUGCCGUUGCGCGGUGGGCCGAGCGUGCUUCUUCCCAGCUGAAGAGCGGUGCAAUUCGGCCAACAGUACAAGCAGCUGGAAGGCUCAUGGCUGUGCCAAAGGCUAUGAGGGCACUCUGUGCAGCAUUUGUGCGAAGAACUUCCGCAGCAGGAAUGGUCGCUGCAAGAGGUGUGACGAGGCCACCGAGCUUUCCCGAUGUUGGUUGGCUGGAGCUGGGGUGUUGGUCGCCGUGGCAGCAGCAGGGAUCUAUGUUGCAUGGAGGAAUGGUGCCCUGCCGUUGCCUUCGCUGGCAACAGAUUCAUCUUCAUCGUCAUCAUCCGCAGUGAAGGCCUUGAUUCCGUUGCUGCUUGGGCAGGGUCCUGUGCUGCUACAAUUCUUCCAGCUUUGGGGCGUCCUCACGGCGCUUGUCCCUGCAGUGAAAGGUGAUGCGGAGCUCACGCAGGAGAUAUCUUAUUGGUUGCAGCUGACAGCGGCUGGCGUUCGUGAUGCGCUGAGCCUCGAGUGUUUCUACGGCAGGCUGGCCUGGAGCAUCAGUGCCUUUGCCUCCCCUAGCCUGCCGCUAUUGCUGCUGAUUCUUUGCCUUCUCAUCGAAGUCAUUCACUGGAGUGGAUUUGCCUGCUGGAGCAGAGGCAGGGGCGUCGAUUGGGCAUUGAAGGUAUUCGUACUUUUCUUCAUCGGUGGGGCCGCGAGCUGUGAGAAGCUGCUGCGAUGCCAGGAGGUGGAUGCAGGUGGCGAUUCUCUGCACGAGCACGCGUUCCGUGUGGCGCUGCCCCACCUGAGGUGUAAAGAUCCCAGCCAGGAAGCCACCUGGGCAAUUUACGUGGGAUAUGGCUCCGCCGUUGCAUACGGCGUUAUCAUCCCCUGCUUCCUGGUCUUCCUCAUUGUCAAACAGAACAUGGCCUUGGCCGCCAACCGACGCUGUGUGUGCUGGUGGGUCAAAGAAAACGAGGGCAAGAAGGUGAUCGCACAUGCUGAGCUCAUUGAGCCGGUGGAAGAUGAGGCAGAGACGGACAAGGAUCCAUUGGACACUGCCCCGCAGCAUGAGGAUGGCUCCCGUGGCGGUUGCCAUCAGGAUGAUUCUGCGACCGCGGCAGGGCCGCACGGGAAGCACCAGGACGCGCAGAGCAAGAUAGUUUCCGACAGCCUCCUAGCAGCAGCCAUCGCCUACUGCGCCGUUUUCUUCCGCGGCGAGGUGCGCAUUGUGCGAACUAGCGACUCGGUGACUUUGGAGCAAACGGUUCCCCCUGACAACAGUGACAACUUCUUGGAAUUUGAUGCGACGAGCCUGAUUUCGACCAUGUUUUCGAACAUCACUUCCAAAGAGCACAAGACCGACAUCGAGCUGCGGCGGUGCCAAACCAUCACCAGGAUGCUGGCAGAACACGAAAUGAUGGAACAAAAGGCAGGGUCCGACCGCAUUUUGGCCGGUGCCAAGACAAUCUUCUUCAAGUACGCCGCUUGCGAAGAUGUGUGGGUGGAAGCGUCGCUGAAAGUGGUUGCUGUGGCUCUGGUCACAACCGUGUCAGUGAAAUCUGUCUUGCUGACCCUCUUCAUCACUGUCGGAAUGGCCAUCCUCUUGGGUGCCCAGAAGCCGUAUCAGCAGCGCCAG